AUGGAAACGCAGGGGCUGCCCGCCGCGGAGGCGGCCCGGGCCCGGCCCGGCGCCCAACAUGGCGGCCCCGCCGCGCCGCCCGCCGCCCCGCCGCCCGCCUGGCAACCGCCGCCCGCCUGGCAACCGCCGCCCGCCGCUGCCUCCUCGCCAUCCUCCUCCUCGCCCGGCCUCUACGUCAGCUUCCCGGUGCUGCUGCUGGAGGAGAAGCCGGAGCCCGGCUCCAGCCCGCUGCCCGGCCCCUGCGCGCCGCCGGCGGGGCCGCCGCCGCCGCCCGACAGCGACGGGCUGCUGCUCGUCUUCAACGUGGUGCGCGGCGCCGCCGAGGCCAGCGGGGAAGCGGGGCGAGACCAGCAGGAGGAGGAGGAGGGCGAGGCCCCCGGUUCUUCGCCGCCGCCGCCGCCGCCUCCUCCUCCUCCUCCACCACCUCCUCCUCCGCCGCCGCCGCAGCCUCCGUCCCCGGCGCCCCGCGAGGUGCCGGAGGAGGAGGAGGGCUCCUUCUCGGGCACCAUCACCAUCAACAACCAGAGCCUGGUGGUGCGCAUCGAGAACGGCGUCCUGACGCUGGGGCCCGGCGCCGAGCAGCAGGCCGCGGGCUCCGCGCUGCCUCCUCCUCCUCCUCCUCCUGCGGCCGCCUCGUCAACCUCCUCCUCCUCGUCCUCCGAGCCCCCGGGCGGGCCCCGGCCGCGCUCCCCGCCGGCUUUCCCGUGCCCGGAGCCUCGCUGCGGCCAGGCCUUUCCCCGCAAGCAGCAGCUGCGGCUGCACCGCCUGACUGCGCACGGUGGCGGCGGCGGAGGGGAGGAGGAGGACGGCCGGGGGACGGCGGUGACGGCGGCCCGGCCUUUCGGCUGCCCGGUGCCGGGCUGCGCUUGGUCGUUCGCCACCGCCUACAAGCUGCGGCGCCACCUGCACUCGCACGACAAGCUGCGGCCCUUCGCCUGCUCCGCUCCCGGCUGCUCCAAGCGCUUCACCACCGUGUACAACUUGCGGGCCCACAGCCGCGCCCACGAACAGGAGGCGGCGCACAAGUGCGAGGCGUGCGGGCAGCGCUUCCCCAGCGCCGCCCGCCUCGCCGCCCACCGCCGCCGCAGCCACCUGGAGCCCGAGCGGCCCUACCGCUGCGAUUUCCCCGGCUGUGAAAGAACAUUCAUCACAGUGAGUGCGUUAUUCUCCCAUAACCGAGCCCACUUUAGAGAGCAAGAACAAUUUUCCUGUUCAUUCCCUGGCUGUAACAAGCAGUAUGACAAAGCCUGCCGACUGAAAAUCCACAUGAGGAGUCACACAGGUGAAAGGCCUUUUAUUUGCGACUUUGAAGGCUGUGGCUGGUCUUUCACCAGUAUGUCCAAGCUGCUGAGACAUAAAAGGAAACAUGAAGAUGACAGGAGAUUUAUGUGCCCGGUAGAAGGCUGUGGGAAGUCCUUCACAAGAGCAGAACACUUGAAAGGCCACAGCAUAACCCACCUUGGUACAAAACCAUUUGAGUGUCCAGUAGAAGGCUGUUGUGCAAAAUUCUCAGCGCGUAGUAGUCUGUAUAUUCACUCCAAAAAACAUCUUCAGGAUGUGGACUCGUUAAAGACGCGUUGCCCUGUAUCAAGCUGUAAUAAAUUGUUCACUUCCAAACACAGUAUGAAGACACACAUGGUCAAACAGCACAACUUCAGUCCAGAUCUCCUAACUCAGCUUGAAGCAACCAGCUCCCUCACACCUAGCAGCGAACUUACCAGUCCGGGACAAAGUGAUCUCAGCAACAUAGACCUCGUGUCCCUGUUCUCCAAUGUGUCAAGUAACAAUUCUGGAAUUGCAACAGAUAUGGCGUUAGUGAACUCUGGAAUAGUCACGAUAGAUGUUGCUUCGGUAGGCUCAACUCUUGGAGGAAACCUGCCUGUCAGUAACAGUUCUUUAAGUCAGGCAGUUGAUCCGUUGAUACUGGUGGCCAGCAGUGAUAUGCCGCAGAGCCUGGACAGUUCUCUCUUGCUGGGAACCAGCACAACAGUUCUACAGCAAAGCACUUUAAAUUUGGAUGAUGUACAGACUGUCAACGCAGAAGCCUUGGGUUCGCUAGCGUCUCUGUCGGUGAGGAAUUCCAGUCAAGAUGUGCACAGUUUGACGUCCAGCAAUAAUUUAACAAUUGACACAGCCACUUUGACUCCUUCUAGUAGCCUUGGUGGUACCAACGUGCCUGAGUUACUUACGCCAACUAAAAUUGAACGGAAUUUGCUUCCCAGCUCGGACGUUGUUGGUCAGCAAGAGGGCAGCAAAGUAGUGACUCAAUUUGUUUUCUCCAACCCUCCAGGAAGCUACAGUGCUCAGAAAGAAAUGGAUCUUAGCGCAGUCACUGGCAGCUCAUUUUUGGAGAGCAGUGGGUCUGCGAGAACAGACUACAGAGCUAUUCAGCUAGCCAAGAAAAGAAAACAGAAAGGGAAUGGGAGCAGCAUAGGGGCAUCUGGCUCUGGUCAGAGGAAAAGCAAGGGUGGUAAAGUAAGCCCUACUAACUUUUCGUCAUCCAAUACUGGCAGUCGACUGAGUGGCAACAUUGUUCUGCCAAAUGGGGGGCUGACAAUAAGGGACCCUGCCACUGGAGCACAGUAUGUGCAAAUUCAGCUUCUUCAGGAUGAUCCCUCAGGAGAGGGAGAUUUACCCUUUCAACUGAGCUCGCAGUCCUCCUCAUCACAUUCUCAGCUUACAGUGGAUUUACCUGUUCACAUACUUCAGGAGCCACACAAUUCCACUGAAGAUGAUGCAGGUUCUGAUAACUCUCAGUUCACUGGAAGCACAAUAAACUUACAGGAUCUGGAGUGACCAUUAUUAAGAACUAUUACUUGAAAACAAAUUGGGCAAUCAUGUCUUGACAAACUGAGAUAACUGUGUGGGUCUUUUUCCAAGGAAAAUAUGAAAACUAGGAGUACUGGAUUGUGGUUGCACUCUUUGCAAUUUGCUAAAGACAGUUACACCUGAAAGAUUUUCUUUAAAAAAAUGUAAAUCCUACUUGAUGUGCCUGUGUAGUAUAACCUGUCUGCCUAAUGGUCACAGAGACUGAGGCAGGCUGCUGUACAGUGUUGUUUCAGGGAGAAGUACUGUAUUAAACUUCAAACUGAGGUAAUAUUUACUGUUUUCACAGGAAAGCAAGUAUUCUACAGCUAACAAGUACAAAUUUAUAAACCUGCCUAUGACAGUUCAGACUUCCCUUCCAUUGGUCUCCUGCUGGAACCAGUGGCAUUGAGGAAUUAAAAGCUAAAAUUGGCAAGUAUUUUACGCGUGCACACACACAGAUUGUUUUGGCCCCCGUGUUUUGGCAGAAAACUGGAAUAAAAUGUCACAUGUAACAAAGUUAAUGUCCUACACCAUGAAAAUGAAAUGCUCUAAAGUCUUUGUUUUAGCAAGCUAGAUUCUAAAUGUUAACUUAGCUGUGAAUCAGUUUGUAGCUCAUGUUGAGUUUCUCCCUUUCCUUGCUCCUGCAUCCCAAAUUAUCUGCUGAAUUCUUCCAGCAAAACUUGAAAAAAAGAACUGCAAUAGAACUGUACUCACUGUAAGUGAUUAGCUAAGACUCCAACAGUGUCUGAGAGAGGUUAGUUUUAUCUUUGUGUUCCCUUUUUUGGGAGAGAUGUUGACCGUCACGUAAAUUUUAAGCACCUUGAUUAUAUCUCAUCUAUGAACUGCUGCCAAGUUAGCUGUAAACUGGCCACUACCCUUUUUUUUUUUUAUGGAACACUGUUAACACUUUUUCUUUAUUGAUAUCACAGAGUAUCACAUGCACGUGGAGCUUCCAUCUGGUUUACAGAAUAUGCAGUUGUUAGAAUAUGUUGGGAGGGGAAAAGAAUUGUUACCUAGUGAGAUUUGUCCCGCUGAAAGCUGCAGUUUCUGCUGGGGGGUGGGGGGAGAGGUUGUAUGUACUGUACUUAUCUGGAUUGGAUUGCAGACACCUAAGUAAGUUUACGGUUGUAUAGGGGGAAAAAAAACACCAUUUGGUUACAUUUAAGGUGGCAAUUUAAAUGUUUCUUAUGUACUGAAUGCCUAUAAAAUUAUGUAUAGGAAUUUGAUAAAAGGGUGUAUGUACUGUUUUUUAUUCUCAAUGAGGUGUGUGUAUGCACGUAUGUGUAUAUUUUUUAUGAAAUAAGAUAUGUCAUGCAGAAGAACGUUGUGAUCUUUCUAAUCUUGCACAUAUUUAUUUAUUUUACAGUUUUACUGAUGUUGAAUUCACACGAGGUCAUUCAGAAAUGCUUUUACUUCCUGUGCCUUUUGAACUAUGUAUGUGUCCAGAAAAAUACUUUUUUUGGUUGAUGGGAGGGGGUGGGGGGGAGUGUAUACAGGUUACGUUUAACUUCAGGUCCUGGUUUGUAGGCAGUAUUUUAUCUUCUGGUUGAACCAGUUUUUAUUUUUUCUAUCUUUUGCUUAACUAUCUGAGCACUGAAGUCUCUUUGUUCCUCUCAUCCUGAGUUUACAGCAUAUGUCCAGGGAAUCUCAUAACCCUCUCAGGUGGGGUUUCGAAACCAAGCUAAUUGGUAGGGGAUAUACUUGAUGGCUGUGACCACAGCAUGGAAUCCACUCCUGAGAGGUAGAAGGGUUGAGGAGGAAUCAUGCUGAAGGGACUACUGGUGCUUUUCCUAGUGGUCACCGUGCUCUCUCUGGAAGCUGAAACUCCUCAAGCUCCCAUUGCCUGUGUUAAUCUGUUUUCAAGGACCAUACCAGUUCUUAAUCUAACAAAAUGGCCAAGGAACACUCCAUCUUUUUAUGGGACUUGCAACUGAAUCUUUAUACUUCUGAAAAUGUACCUCAUUCAGCUUUGUAAAUGAAUGUAAAGCGCUAACCUCUGGGGGCCGAAAAUUGGAUCACUUGGCUUGAAGUCCAUUGCUGGCAAUGGAUACCUGAAGAACUGCUGGUGCAAAAGGGUUAAUAAAGCUUUUUUUCUUAUGGUCAGUUUGUCACUGGAUGGUGUUCUUUGUAUGGAUGCAUCUGACAUAAAGCUAAUGGUCAACAGCUUGGUUUCUAUAUAGCUUGUUUUUUCCUUUUCUGGAGUUACUGAUGUGUAACAAAACCCAUCCUUUGGAUUAAGGGAUAGCCUUCAUGUUUAUAGUUAUUCACCGGAUCUCUGAUUUUAAUAAUAAAUGUCUGGUAAGUUCCUGACUUAGUUCUGCCAUAACAAAAAAUCGUUACUGUGAUAAAUCUCACUAGCCAGGCUUGUAGGAAUAAAGCUUUCUGCUUCAAGAACUGACUGAGAAAAGCAUUGUUGCCUGCAAUGAAAUGAGAGAAAAUUUUAUUUUCUUAAGGAAAAAAAUCAGGGGGUAAAAAGCGUUUACCUGACACUAGCUCUUGUCCCUGGGAUGUUGUGGUAUAAGAUAAGGAAUUUUAUGAAGUUCAUAUGCUGAGUAAAUGGCUUAGACUCUAACAGACUGUAGAUCUAGGAAAACCUUUUUU